GCGCUGGCGCAGCGAGAACUUUGAGAGGCCCGUGGAUCUCGAGGGCUCUGGGGACGACGACUCCUUCCCUGAUGAUGAGCUGGACGACCUGUACUCGGGGUCGGGCUCAGGCUACUUCGAGCAGGAGUCAGGCAUUGAGACAGCCAUGCGGUUCAGCCCGGACGUGGCCCUGGCAGUGUCCACCACACCUGCUGUGCUGCCCACCACGGACAUCCAGCCUGUGGGCACCCCGUUUGAAGAGCUCCCAUCUGAGAGUCCCACCCCAGAGCCAUCCACUAGCCUUCCAGUGGCGACAGAGGUCCCAGAAGAGCCCAGCCAGAGAGCUACCACCAUCUCCACUCCCACGGCUACCACUGUGGCCACAACCACAGGGGCCCCGACUGUGGCCAUGGUGCCUGCCACAGUGGCCACUGCCACUCCUAGCAUCCCUGCAGCACCUCCUGCCACGGCCACCACCUCUGUCAUAAGGACCACCGGCAUACGCAGGCUUCUGCCUCUUCCACUGACCACGGCAGCCACAGCCCAAGCCACCACCCCAGCGGUGCCCUCACCUCCCACCACGGUGGCUAUCUUGGACACAGAGGCCCCAACACCCAGGCUGGUCAGUACAGCUACCUCCAGGCCAAGGGCCCUUCCCAGGCCAGCUACCACCCAGGAGCCUGACAUCCCUGAGAAGAGCACCCUGCCCCUGGGGACCACUGCCCCCGGACCAACCGAGGUGGCUCAGACCCCAACUCCAGAGUCCUUCCUGACCACGACCCGGGAUGAGCCAGAUGUGCCAGUGAGCGGAGGGCCCAGUGGGGACUUUGAACUGCCAGAGGAAGAGACCACACAGCCAGAUACAGCCAAUGAAGUGGUGGCAGUGGGUGGGGCUGCAGCCAAGCCGUCACCUCCACCUGGGACGCUGCCCAAGGGUGCCCGCCCAGGCCCUGGCCUCCUGGACAAUGCCAUCGACUCGGGCAGCUCGGCGGCUCAGCUGCCACAGAAGAGCAUCCUGGAGCGGAAGGAGGUGCUCGUAGCUGUGAUUGUGGGCGGGGUUGUAGGCGCGCUCUUUGCCGCCUUCCUGGUCACCCUGCUCAUCUACCGCAUGAAGAAGAAAGACGAAGGCAGCUACACGCUGGAGGAGCCCAAGCAGGCAAGCGUCACGUACCAGAAGCCGGACAAACAGGAGGAGUUCUACGCUUAGCGGAGCCACCGUGCCUCCCCGGAGCCUCAGCGCUGCCCCUCCGCCCAGUCCCUGGCCCACUCCAUCAGUCCGGGCCUGGGGCUGGGACUGGGCCUGGGAAGGAGCCUGGCCCCAGUUCAUCUCUGCCCGCUCUCCCUCCCAAGGUCUGCCCAGACUGCCAGCCUCACACAGAUCUUCCCCCAAGGGACGGAGGGUACUGCCACCUGUCCCAGACUGCCCUUAUGAGCUCAUCUCUUGUCUCCCCCGACCAGCUUGGGGCUUCAGGACCUCAUGUCAGAUGGACAAGAGGAAGGAAGCUCCUGAUUGGCUGGUGGAAGAAGGGGUGGGGCUUGAACCCCCAAUCUGGCCCCACAAGGCUGGGGUCUCAUUUUGGGGACAGAGGGGCACUCUGGCUGGUUUCCAGGACAAGCAUUUAUAAGCCUAGCCCUUGAAAUCGUCAAGACACUGCCACCACUCGCUCCUGUCCCAGGGCCCCUCUUCGCCUGGGUGAGAGUGUCCCUUGUCUCCAGCCUGUUUUGUCCUGGCCUCUCUGAGGUUGUGGGGUCACUCUCCCUUUGCCCCCACCCACUCACUGCACAUGCACCUGAAGGUUUUACCUCUUUUCCAGUCUGUCCCUGAGGAAUUGGCUUCCCGAGAGUGCCCUGGCAGCCACUGGUGAGGGGGGCUGGGCUGCUCGGAUCUCCCUCUUGCAAGUGGAUUCUGCACAGACACCAUCUCUCACAGGGUCACACAUAUUAUCACACUCAAAGACAAAAGCACGCAAUGACAAAAUCAUACGAAAUCCUGACCACCCUGCCAAUCUAGAUAUGUCACAGACACAUUUCUUCCAAAGAUGUUCCUUCUCAUGCGUUUCUCACGCACCCCAGAUGCUGAUGACAAUGCAAGUCACAAGUCAUCGUUGCCCAGUGGUGACGGUGUGGCUUGCUUCCCUCAGUCCCUCCCUCUUCCACACACGCACACACUAGCACCACACACGGUGUCUCUCGCUUUCAGGCUCACUGGGGAGGGUGGAAUCAAGCCGGAACAGUCAGCCCAUAUUGGGUCCCCUGAGCUGCCCAGUUACACUCAGCCUCUCACCACAGCGCCCACAUCAACCACGUUGCCACCGACCCUGCCAUAUCAGACACAAUCCCACGUGGAUGCACAGUCUCACCCCACAUAUCCCCACUCACACUGGAGGACAGGUGGGCACUUACCUUUCCCAGAAGAAAGUGUGGUGUGGGGGGACAUUGUCACAAGCCCCCUUAGGGCAUUGCACACCGCUGGCCUGGCCUCACCCCUGCCUGCUUCCCUCCCCUCUGUACCCACAAAGGGGUUGGUUCAGGAGCAGUCACCCACUAGCCGGGAGCCUUGCUGAGGAAGGCAGGUGGUUCCGGGAAUUUGGCCUUGGGCUGGGGAGGGGAUUUGGGUCUCCAGGACCAAAGGACCCAGGUCGGGUGGGGGCACGUGGUCUGGCUCCUGGUCUCCCUGUGUCCCCAUCCUACUCUGAGCUAGGGGCUGACUCUGCCUCCCAGGACACAAGUCUCCAAAGUGCCUGUGAGGGUGGGCCCUGCCGCCUGGGCCCUCUGCACCCUCUACCCUCGGCCUUGCCAGGCCCACCUCAGCCCCAUCCUGGGGUCCUCCUUGGGCCUUUCCCAUGGACACCUGCCCACUUAUUUGGUCAAACAACCUGGCGGUUCUCCUGGCUGCAGCUGAUGGACCUGCAGCUGAAAGCAGCCCAUCCAGCCGCAUUGCCCCAGUGAGGGCUGAGAGCAGGUGGGGUAGGGGUGUCACCUCAGGCCCCAGCCCCCUGCCCCCUUCUUUACCCUUGCAAGUGGGGCCACUUCCAUGGGUGUUUUACAUGUGGGGUCACAAAUCUCCUUUGGGGAGGGUAUGCUCGGUGGGGGCUCUUGGAGCCUAGAGCUAUGGUCUGAGUGGCAGUUGACUGGUGCUUACACCCCCACCCCUCACCCACACCCAGGUUAAAGUCAGGAACCCAGGUUUUAUUUCUGUUCCCUUUUCAAGACGCACUGGCAACAGUGAGGGAUGGGGUUGCCUGAGGUGGUGAGGGUGCGGAUCCACUGGCUUGCACAGCUUGUCUGUUCCACUGUCCUUCCAGGCUGGAGCUCCCUCUUUCAGACCCCAAAGCCCCUCUUGGCAGCGCCUGGAGGCUUGUGAGGAACCCAGUUGGUCCCGGCCUUGGGGGGGGUCAGGAAUGGGGGAGGCAUCCUGGGCCCACGACCUGUUGGAGGUGGCCUGGCCUCAGCCAUCCCUGGACCAGAAGGUCUGGAGGACAGGGGUGGACCAAAGUCCCAGACCCCCUCUCCCUUGUUCCCUGGUGGGCUGCUGUCUCAGGGUAGAGGCUCUGGUGAGAAGGCCUGGGCAGGCCAAGGCUGAGAAACCAGGGGGCAUGGAGCAAAGAGGACCUGAACCCCCGAGUAAGCCCAGGGAUGCUGGGACCAGGGUGGGAGACUGGUGGUGGGGUCGGGGUCUAGCACAGGAUGCAUGACUCGGGUUUAGGCUGGCUGGAGUGGGCUUGGAGUGUCCUGCAUGGAUGGGCCCAGCCUGGCCCCAGCAGGCCUCACCCUUCACAUCUGAGGGCUGGCUUCCAACUUUUAUGACUUAGGGCUUUGUCUCCUGGCAUGGCCUCGUCUCUGUGUCCUUAGCAUUUGCGAGAAGAGGCUGAGGGCCUCGUUCAUGGAGACCUGAACCUGAGACAAAUAAAUACCCAGGUUUAUCUUCAUGAAGUUUAAUGCAAUCUGACAGCUCAAAUCCACUCCGGCCAGCCACAUCGGGCAAGGCAAUCCAAGAGAGAGGUCUGUUCAAAGGACGAACUGGCGCUCUCCUCGGUGCAAUGUGGGUGUGGGGCCUCACCCUGCCUGGUGUGAUGUGUGUAGGGCCUGCGCAGUAGAUACCAAACACCUCAGCACUUCUGGGGAGCAUGUCCUGUGGGCCCUGGCAUUUCCUGGAAGCACAGCCAAUGCCAAAGGAGAGGGCGCUUGUGUGGCUUGAGAACCUCUCUGUGACUUCGGCUGCCGGGGAG